AUGAAACAAAGAUCGAGUUAAUAAUCUAAGAGAUCACCACCAUUAUUUAAAGAAAUAAAAAACAGAUCCCUUUAAACUUAUGAAGCUUGCUUUGAGAUGGCAUUUAACAUGGAUGAUUCGUUGUUCUUAAUUUCAACAUAUGACGAUGUAUAAAUAUUUCAAUUUAAAAAUGGAUUUUUCAAAUUCGUCUAAAAUGAGUAUAAAUAAAAAGGCUGUUGGAUAAGAUAUUCGACAUUUUUUAACCAAAGAUAAUAAAUCAUGCCUCCAGAAAUAAAAUUUGUUCGCAUAUAUCCUAUAAAUUUAAUGUCAAGUCCUAAAUAUUUAUAAACCUUAUAACUCCAUUCUUUGCCUAAUAUACUCCAUAAUUCUCAAAAGUAAAUAAUAGUAGGUGGAAACGUAAUACAAAUUUGGAAAAUAAAAAACAAUAGUUGGUACUGCUCCCAAAUUAUCAAUUAACCAGAAUAAAGUUAAGUUUAUGGGAUAUCAAUAAAUGAUGAAGGAAAUACUAUAGUAGCCUGCUGUAAAAGUCAAAAAAUCGUUGUUUUAGAAUGCAAUUCAACUUCUAAUUGGCUUGUAGCUUAGAUAAUACAAGUAAAUCGUAUUGGAUAUCAAAUAAGCUUUAUAAACAAUGAAGUCUUCACUUACUAAUCGGUUUCUGAGAGAAAAAUUAUUUUGUAUGCAAAGAAUAAACAAAACUUGUUUACCAAAAGAAGAGCCUUUAAAAUGGAAUUUGGAGGUUCAAUAUAUUGUCCAAAGUUCUGUUGCUUUAAAUUUCCUCCAAUAUUCAAUAAAAAUAAAGAACUUUUAAUCAAUAAAUUUAACUAAAAGUUAUAAAUAAUCAGAUUUCAUAAAGAAUAAACAAACAGAGUUAAAUGGGAAUUAAAAAUAGAAUAACAAUUUAAACUUGGUAGUUUUUUCUUUGUGGGUGCUAUUACUCAUAAUGGAGAUCACUUAAUUACAUAUGAAAGAAGGGAGGGAAUUUAUUAGGUUUGGCAACAUCGCGAUGCAAGAAGAAAAAAAGGGAGAUAUUAAUAAAAUUAAAAUAAAUAAAUAAAUUGA